GCGGCGGGGGCCCGCCGGUCCCAGGAAUGAAUGGGGAAGCGGGAGGUCACGUGAGCGGCUCCCCCGGAAUUGCUCUCCGUGAAGGUGGAGGAAGUUUCUGCUACCACGUGGGGGGACCAUGGGGGCGCCUGGAGGAAAGAUCAACAGGCCGCGGACGGAGCUAAAGAAAAAGCUUUUUAAAAGGCGCCGUGUUUUAAGCCAGCAGAAGAGGAAGAAGCACCGCAUUGUGGGGGCUGUGGUCGAUGAAGGACUCAUCACCGUUCACCACCUGAAGAAACGGUCUUCCAGCUCUCGAGCAAACAUCACUCUUUCAGGGAAGAAGAAAAGGAAACUGCUGAAGCAACUCCGUCAUGCCACGAAGGAGAAAGCAGAAAUGCAGGUUGAUGUGACCCUGGCUUCAAGUAAAAACGCUAGCAAGAAGAAAAAGAAAGGAAAACUAGCAGGCUGCCCAGAUGUGGAGAUGGUGGAAAUUGAGCCUGCACCAGUAUUGGAGAGCUGAGAUCCACCUUGGAAGUCCUGCAGUUUGCUGCCAGCAGUACUCAAAGGGCACAAAGCAGCAAUCUAGCAAAGCUGGACGGCUUUGAUUUUGAACCCAUUUCAUCUGUAAAUGUCAGUGUGACUGAAUUGUUUUUAAAUUAUAAGGUCUGACUCGGAAUAUUUGCGUAUCUGCCUCAUCCCUGUUUUCUCUUGGCAAACAGCUCUGAGUUCCUCUUGUUGGAAGUGGCAUCUGCUAGAAUUUGGAGAGGGCUGAAAAAUACCCCAGAGAGCCCCACAAGCUUAGCUCCCUGCAUUAAGAUAAUAUGUUGCAUGGGGCUGGUUUUUAUAUGAUGGCAUGUGUUUCUUCCAUGUCACAGCUGAAAAGAAGGGCCCAUGUGGAAUGCUCUUAUUGCCGUACCAAGGACUGCUGGAUUUUCAUACCAGGAUUCCCCUACUCUAGGCCUCUCCCUACUGCUGAAUGUUCUCCAUCUGCUGUAUUCAUUUUCCUGGCACUCGCCUACACCUUCUAGAGGUGUACUGCUUUUGACUGCUCAUAUGCUAGUUCAUAACCUCUCUUUCUCCCCAUCCUUCUCUGUCUAAUGUGUAUUCUUGAGGGUUUUUUACACAAAUAAAACAUGACAAAGUGCAACCAA